UCUCACUCUCCCUCUCUCUCUCUACUCUCCCAGCCCCUCCAGGUAUAUAAGGGGCAUCCAGUCCUUUCAGUGUCGUCAGUUCAUUCCAGCACCUCCUCCAAACACAAUGAAGGUCCUCGCCGUGGUUCUGUGCCUCGCCGCCGCCGCCUCCGCCCGGAUGGCUUACACCUUCUCAGACGGGUACCUGGACAUCCUUGGCGCCGAACCUGCCCAGAACUUUGACUGCGUGGGUCGCCCUUACGGCUACUACGCUGACGUGCCCACGGACUGCCGGGUGUUCCACGUGUGCCUGCCCAUCAAUGACGAGGCGGGAGAGGUGGUGGAGACUCAUCACUUCUCCUUCUUCUGCGGCAACCAGACAGUGUUCAGCCAGGAAUCCCUCACGUGCGCCCAUCCACAGGAGGCCUUCCCCUGCGCCGAGGCCGAGUCUCUCUACGACUCCUCCAACGCAGACUUCGGAAAGAUCCCCGAGGAGAAUUUGUAACGACCAUCCCCAUCCCGAUGCCGCCCCCCCGCCCCGCCUCGCCCCUCACCUCUCUCCUUCUUCCUCCAUGCUGUACAUCGCUAAGCCAUAUUAAAAGUACAUGUUGAAUA